CAGAUUAUUUUUAUCCAAAUAAAUACAAAUUAUCAAAAAUGUUGAUUAAAGAAUACAGGAUUCCUCUCCCACUAACUGUGGAGGAAUAUCGAAUAGCUCAACUUUAUAUGAUAGCUAAAAAAAGCAGAGAAGAAAGUUCAGGUGAAGGGAGUGGUGUUGAGAUAAUUGUAAAUGAACCAUAUGAAAAUGGUCCCGGUGGAAAAGGUCAGUAUACACAAAAGAUUUAUCAUGUUGGUAGCCAUUUGCCAGGAUGGUUUAAGAGUCUUCUUCCUAAAUCAGCUUUGACUGUCUCUGAGGAAGCAUGGAAUGCAUAUCCUUAUACAAAAACUAGGUACACAUGUCCUUUUGUUGAAAAAUUUUCACUUGAAAUAGAAACCUAUUACUUCUCUGAUAAUGGCCACCAGGACAAUGUAUUCAAGUUGACUGGAAGUGAUUUAAAGAAUAGAAUAGUUGAUGUUAUUGAUGUAGUGAAAGAUCAGCUUUAUGGUGCUGAUUAUGUUAAAGAGGAAGAUCCAAAACUUUUUAUUUCUCAGAAAUGCAAUAGAGGGCCUCUCUCUGAUUCUUGGCUAGAGGAGUACUGGCGGGAAGUACAAGGUAAAACACAACCAUUAGCAAAUGGAAAGUCACUUAUGUGUGCUUAUAAACUUUGUAGAGUUGAAUUUCGUUACUGGGGAAUGCAAACAAAACUGGAAAAAUUUAUUCAUGAUGUGGCUUUACGAAAAACAAUGCUGAGGGCUCACAGACAAGCUUGGGCUUGGCAAGAUGAGUGGCAUGGUUUAACCAUGGAAGAUAUUCGAGAAAUUGAGCGCCAGACUCAAUUAGCAUUACAAAAGAAAAUGGCUGGUGAAGCUGGUGAAGAAACUGACUUAUCUGAAGAAAAUUCAAAAUCUUUAGCGGCAACAAUGAGUAGCCUUGAGAAAAAUGAGGACUCAGAAACUCCAUUAUCUACUAAGAAAAAUACCUUAGAACAAAGAACACAAAAGAGUUUAAGUCCUGAAAGCACUCCACCAUCUGAACCUAAAACAGCUUUAAAAUCGAGCCUCAGAUCAUCAUCUUCAGGUUCUCUUAAGAGCUUGCAAACUCAAGUCGCAAAUUGGAGAAUGGAAACACUAGUAAGAGAAUCAGAGACAGAAACUGGUUCAGAAGAUGAAUUUUAUGAUUGUGAAUCGUCUUUUAAUAAAUGGUCUUCCAUGUGUUCCCUCGAUGAAGCUGAUAUUGAUAUAUCCCCUACACAAGACAGAGAUCAUAAUCAAGAGGAUAGUAUAUUUAACCCAUCUUUCUUAAAGCGUGUUACCUCAGAAAGAGGUUCACGACGAAUUAUAAAUUUCCAAAGUCACCACAGUAUAGAUGGUUGUCCAGAAACACCCGUUCAUAGUUCUUGCCCAACAACAGUCCUGAUUCUUGUUUUUCAUGCUGGCAGUGUCCUUGAUGCAAAUAUAGAUAUGACUGCAAAAAAAUCUGAUGUUACAACAUUUAAAGGAGCCUUCGAAUCUGUUAUGCGUCAGCACUAUCCAACAUUAGUUGGUCAUAUCACUAUAAAAUUAGUGUCAUGUCCGUCAAUUUGUACUGAAGCUCUAGGAGUAUUAUCAACUUUAAGUCCGUACAGUUUUGACUGCUCGCCCUCUACGAGUGAGACACCUUCACUAACAAAUGAUCUUAUACCAAUUGGUGCCAUACCACUAAUAGCAACAUCAUCUCCAGAAUAUUAUGAAUAUGUUACAAAAACUAUUGUAUCUGCAAAUAUGGUUUACAAUGAAUUUAUAAAAUCCGACGAUGGAAAAGGAUUCAAUGGACAAGUGUGUAUCGUUGGGGAUAGCAUGGGUUCGGUUCUGGCUUAUGAUGCACUCUGUCGAACUUUGCAAUAUCAGUCUCGACAUGACAGUGAAAACAGUAUUUUGGAUACUGAAAUAACAAUUCCAAAUGAACCUUCCGAAAAUUAUUUGAAUAAGUCUCACCUUCAAGCUCCUAUCCCUAGGAGACGGUCAUCUACGGCUAGUGAUAAUCAGACAAAACUAGAGUUUGAAGUCAGUGAUUUCUUUACAUUUGGGAGUCCACUUUCAUUAAUAUUGGCCUCGAGGAAAAUAUCUGAUGAAAAGUUCAAAGAGAUUGUAAAACCACCAGUCCAACAACUAUUUAAUUUAUUUCAUCCUACCGACCCUGUAGCUUCUAGACUGGAACCUCUCCUAUCAGCUCGUUUUACAAAUCUUCCACCUAUAAAUGUUGCAAGAUACGCUAAAUAUCCAUUAGGAAAUGGUCAGCCAUAUCAUUUAAUGGAAUUAAUACAAAGCCAUCCAACCUUGUUUGGAGAUCAUUUACAAAUGCCGCCGACUCCAGUUCUACGAAGACUAUCAGAAGCAUCAGUUCAAAGUACUGUUAGUGGUUUAGCUGAUAAUAUUCCAUUAAUUACGAUGAAUGCUCUUCAGCAAAGAUGGUGGGGUACGAAGCGACUUGACUAUGCUCUGUAUUGUCCUGAAGGAUUGACAAAUUUUCCUACAAAUGCACUACCGCAUCUCUUUCAUGCCAGUUAUUGGGAAAGUUCCGAUGUUAUAGCAUUUAUAUUACGCCAAGUUGGUCACUUUGACUUGGCAUUAUAUGGUCAAUCAGAUGAUAAAGAAAGUGCAAUGUUUAAACCCGGCCAAGAUAAAGAAAAGUGGAUGAGAAAGAGAACUUCAGUUAAAUUAAAGAAUGUUGCAGCUAACCACAGAGCCAACGACGUCAUUGUAAUGGAAGGUUGUCCUCAAACAUUUAUAGCUCGAUUUAUGUAUGGGCCACUGGAUAUGAUCACUUUGACUGGUGAAAAAGUAGACAUACAUAUGAUUAAAGACCCACCUGCCGGAGAAUGGACAUUAUUAUCUACAGUGGUAACUGACAAAACUGGAAGAAUUUCUUAUACGCUAUCAGAAAAACAAAGCGUCGGUUGCGGAAUUUACCCCGUAAGGGUAGUAGUGCGGGGCGAUCAUACAAGUUGUAAUUUUCAUCUGGCAGUUGUUCCACCACAGACUGAAUGUGUAGUUUUUAGUAUCGACGGUUCGUUUACUGCCAGUGUAUCGGUUACAGGACGAGACCCUAAAGUUAGAGCCGGGGCAGUAGACGUAGUGAGGUUUUGGCAAGAUUUGGGAUACCUAAUCCUUUACAUAACAGGAAGGCCAGACAUGCAACAAAGAAAAGUUGUCUCCUGGCUAGCUGAGCACAAUUUCCCUCAUGGCUUAGUAUUUUUUUCGGACGGAUUUUCAACUGAUCCUUUGGGACAUAAAGCUGCACAUUUAAACAAUUUAAUAACAGAACAUGGUGUUAUUAUGCACGUUGCUUAUGGUUCAGGGAAAGAUAUAAGCGUUUAUCACAAUUGUGGAUUAUCACCGAAACAAAUUUAUGCCAUUGGAAAAAUAAGUAAGAAAUAUAGCAACAUGGCAACAACAUUAAGUGAUGGAUACGCAUCUCAUUUAGCCGACUUGAAACAACCGGGUGCGGUGAGGCCGGCUAGAGGAAAUGCUCGCCUUCUUGUUCCACGGCGUUUGUUAGCACCGGUGACUACGUCUGCUGCGACGCGAGGCCGCCGUUAAUUACUAACCUAUCUGUACCAUGUCCCCGAUAAAUAUAAUGUAAGUACAUUUCAAUAUUAGCAUAUUUUUUGUUAAUUAAUAGUAACAGAAUAAAUAUUUGUUAAAUACCUAUGUAUCUACAUAUUUUAAGUUAUACAUGUCUAUCCUAUAUUAAAUUGUAUACGUUUCAUAGUAAACUUCGCGUAUUCAAUGUUAUUGUAAAAAUGUAGCGCUUUAAAAGAUACAUAAUAUUACAAUAAUGAAAAAUUAAUUAGUUUAUCGUCACUGUGUACCUUACUAAUUUAUUAAAAAGUAUUGUCUAUAAACGUCACGUAGUUUACUCGGUUACUUAUUAACUAAAUUGUUAUUGUACGUAAAUUCUAUUGUUAAUCAAUUUUAAGGCUGGAAAUCUCCUAAUCCAAUGAUUUUAAUAAAUAUAUAUAACUCUAGUCUUUCUAAUUAACAUAUAUAAUAGUAUUGUGAAUCGGGGCUUAUAUUAAUAUGCCUAUUAACUUGCUCUAAAUGUUAUAUAAUCGCGCUUUGCUAUUUAUUAAAAAAAAAAAAAGAUACGUAAUAUUAAGUCAGCUUGAUAUUCGAAUGAAUAUCGUAUUCUCCCCUAAACUGUACCUGUAUAUGUAACAUAUAGAUCUGUAUUACUAUUUUUGGAUAUGUGUUUGUGUUCUAUUUAAGAAUUUUACAGAUAUGCUAUGUGUAGUAUGAGUUUCGACCUUGGGCUAUUUGACUCUUUAUUUAAAUUGACCUAAAGCUAUCUGUUGUGUUAUAGUAAAGUUGAGUAGAAAUUUAAAAAAUAUAGUUUUAUAUUUGUUUAUACAAAUGCACUAAUAAAACCGAUU